GCGGGCGUCCGAGACCUCCUGCCGCUCGGCCCAGCGCCGCCGCGUCGGCUUCCCCACGAGGUGGGAGACCGCCCUCCCUGUUGGCCGACUUCCGAAGAGACCCUGUUUUUUCCGCCACUGAGGUUGAGAGGUUCUGGAAUCGAAGCAUCAGAGGAGGUGACGUGACCCUUCUGUAAUGUAACCCUUCGGAUCUGGACAGGCCGCCUUCGGGGCCGGGAGACCGCAGUGGAGCAUCCGCCGGGGCGCAGGAAUGGAAGAACCCACCUCGCACCCUUUCUGCGGCGUCGCGUGCCCAACCCACCCUUCGGCAUGAGGGGGGCCGCUGUAGGAAUCCCGCCGAGGUCCUGACAGCCCGAUGGCGACGGAGAUACCGCGGGACGGAAACUAGGGAUCGUUUGGGGGCCGCACGCGUUUCUGAAUGAAAUCGGGCGAGCGUAAGGAGGCGCCCCAUUAAAAAAGCACAACAGCCCUUUACGAGGAGAAAAAUUGAAUUUCCCCGUUUUCGCCAAGGUUUUGAAGACUGUUGUAUGCGUUGUACAUUUGGUAUAAGAUGAGAACUUUAUAAAGUACUCUGUCCGAGAGUGUAAACGAUGACUACCCCAGCCCUGCUGCCCCUGUCUGGACGAAGGAUACCGCCCCUGAACUUGGGGCCGCCUGCCUUCCCGCACCACAGAGCUACCUUGAGGCUGUCCGAGAAGUUCAUUCUCCUCCUCAUCCUAAGUGCCUUCGUCACCCUGUGCUUUGGGGCGUUCUUCUUCCUUCCAGACUCUUCAAAACACAAACGCUUUGACCUGGGUUUGGAAGAUGUGUUAAUUCCUCACGUAGAUGCCAGCAAAGGGGCUAAAAACCCCGGAGCCUCCCUGAUUCAUGGACCCGAUGAGCAUAGACACAGGGAAGAAGAGGAACGUUUGAGAAAUAAAAUUCGAGCUGAUCACGAGAAGGCCCUGGAAGAAGCAAAAGAAAAAUUAAAAAAGUCGAGAGAGGAAAUUCGAGCAGAAAUUCAGACAGAGAAAAAUAAGGUAGUCCAAGAAAUGAAGAUGAAAGAGAAAAAGCCACUGCCACCAGUCCCUAUACCAAACCUUUUAGGAAUAAAUGGUGGAGACCCAGAAGAUAAUGACAUAAGAAAGAAAAGGGAAAAAAUUAAAGAGAUGAUGAAACAUGCCUGGAAUAAUUAUAGGAUAUAUGGAUGGGGACAUAAUGAACUCAGACCUAUUGCAAAGAAAGGACACUCCACUAAUAUAUUUGGAAGUUCACAAAUGGGUGCUACCAUAGUAGAUGCUUUGGAUACCCUUUAUAUCAUGGGACUCCAUGAUGAAUUCCGAGAUGGGCAAAAAUGGAUUGAAGACAGUCUAGAUUUCAGUGUGAAUUCAGAGGUGUCUGUGUUUGAAGUCAACAUUCGAUUUAUUGGCGGCCUACUCGCAGCGUAUUACCUUUCAGGAGAGGAGGUAUUCAAGAUUAAAGCAGUGCAGUUGGCUGAGAAGCUCCUUCCUGCCUUUAACACACCCACUGGGAUUCCCUGGGCAAUGGUGAAUCUGAAAAGUGGAGUCGGGCGGAACUGGGGCUGGGCAUCUGCAGGUAGCAGCAUUCUUGCUGAAUUUGGGACACUGCAUAUGGAGUUUGUCCACCUCAGCUACUUGACAGGGGACCCGGUUUACUACAAAAAGGUCAUGCACAUUCGGAAACUACUUCAGAAAAUGGAUCGUCCAAAUGGUCUUUAUCCAAAUUAUUUGAACCCAAGAACAGGUCGCUGGGGUCAGUAUCACACAUCAGUUGGCGGGCUAGGGGACAGUUUUUAUGAAUACUUACUGAAAGCAUGGUUGAUGUCAGAUAAAACAGACCAUGAGGCGAGAAAAAUGUAUGAUGAUGCCAUUGAGGCUAUAGAAAAACAUCUUAUUAAGAAGUCCCGUGGAGGCCUAACCUUUAUUGGAGAAUGGAAGAAUGGGCACCUGGAAAAGAAGAUGGGGCAUUUGGCCUGCUUUGCUGGGGGAAUGUUUGCACUUGGAGCAGAUGGUUCCAGGGACAAAGCUGGUCAUUAUUUAGAGCUAGGGGCAGAAAUUGCACGUACAUGUCACGAGUCAUAUGAUAGAACUGCAUUGAAGCUGGGCCCCGAGUCCUUCAAGUUUGAUGGCGCAGUAGAGGCUGUGGCGGUCCGGCAGGCUGAGAAGUAUUACAUUCUCCGGCCAGAAGUCAUCGAAACCUAUUGGUACCUGUGGCGGUUCACUCACGAUCCAAGAUACAGGCAGUGGGGCUGGGAAGCAGCUCUGGCUAUUGAGAAGCACUGCCGAGUCAGUGGUGGGUUCUCUGGGGUAAAGGAUGUGUAUUCCUCGACCCCUGCACACGAUGAUGUACAGCAGAGCUUCUUUCUCGCUGAAACAUUAAAGUAUUUGUAUCUGCUGUUCUCCGGUGAUGACCUUUUGCCCUUAGACUACUGGGUGUUCAAUACAGAGGCUCACCCUCUGCCCGUGUUGCAUUUAGCCAACACCACACUUUCAGGAAAUCCUGCUGUUCGAUGAAAGCAGCUCCAGAAAGACCAUUCUCACCUGUGUUUUGUUUACAUGGACCACUACAGAAGAGAGUCUGGAGAAGGGACUUUGGAAGACCUGAACCUCUUAGGUCAACGUGCAGGGUGAAACAUGACUCAUUCCCCACAGACUUUCAGCUUGUAGAUAUCUCAGCUUUGAAAUAAUUCCAUUUUAUAUCUGACCAAAACAUGUUCCGGUGUGUAUAGGACGGAGACCUGAUGUGCUCUGAUUCUUAACAAGAUGGUCACAUGAGAAAUUAUACCAGUUACUAUGAUCCUAUUUCUAGAGUCCUGGAACCCGGAGGCUUGACUUCCUAAGAGUAAGCCAAGAAUGUGGAGCAUCUUCAGGAGUUAGAGAUGGCCUUUGGCACCAGUUUCUAUGUGUCUCCUUCCAAAGUGGAGCAGCUUUCAAAUCAAAUAUUUAUGCAUUGUUUAGCCCCUUUUCUCCAUUUUUAAUAAUAGGAUGAACUGAAAUAAACAAGAACAAAAGAAUUGUGUAACUGUAUCAGCAGCAAGAAGACUUGGAAAAGAAACAAAUACCUACCCUUCUGAAUUUUCAAGUUAUCCAUUGGAUGACCAGACUGGCAACCAUUUCAAAUCCCAAUCUACUCCAUUGAAAUUUCUUGGUUAAAUUUAAUUUUCUCUGGGGGCAUGAUCUUACAGAGAAUAUCCUUCACGUCUUUGUCUCCGUAUGGAAUCAUUGACACAGUUUGUCGUACCCACUGCUUAUGAGCCUGGGCUUGGGAUUUUGUGCAUGUCGUUCAGUCUGGUGUUGGUAGCAUGACAGGAAGUAGGGGAAAUGCCGUACUUGGUUGCCUUGAAAACUGUUCUAAGUUUUAUUGGUAGGAGAUUAUUUUUCCAAACCAGCAAAUCUACCAAGUAAGUUUUAACCGUUUUAACCUCAUUAUAAACUUAGUAGAAUCCCUCAACUUACAACUUUAUUUAUGUGGCUUGGCAAAAUUCACUAUACUAUCAUGCAACUCUGAAUUUUCUUGAUGAGCCAAAUUACUUUCACAGCUCAUUAAAUAAAAAACAAAAUACAUACAGUGAAACUUCCUUAAAUAUCCUUCUGAAAUGGGAACAUGGGAUCCUUUAUUAUCUCAUCAAAUAAGUGAGCUUUUCAAAAAUAUUCUUAUGUAAAAAUAAAUUUAACUUUUAUUUUCUCCAAGGAUAUUUAUAGAAAUCCAGAGAGUUAAUCAAAAUAGCUGCAAAACAAUUUUUAGUAAUAAAAGUGUGAUGUAAUUAAUCACAUUACACUGAAUUUGGGAUAUAGCUAAAGGAUUUUCUCAUACCAUCAAUAGAUUUUGCAAUGAUAUUUCUUUUUAAAUAAAAUGAUUAUUUCUAUUUGGGGGAAUAACUUAAAUUUUAUCAAGAACUAUAUUGUAAGAUAAAUACCUAAUGCUUAUAAAUGUUCUGUCCCUUGAAUUUGUCACAGUGCAAGACACUUUUUCUUUAUAUUUAAUACAAACAGCUUCCAUUGACAGUAAAAGUUGGAAAUAGUAUAAUUAGUCUAAUAUUUACUCUGAAUUUCAAGAUUUCAUGAAACAGUGUUUGUGCAAGAAGCCCACCUUGGAAUUCUGAAGGCUUAUUUUUUUAUUUUGAUAGCUUUUCUUUUUAACCUUUCAUGGGCAUGUAGUAAAUUUAAAUUGGGAAACAAUUUAUAAAUUAAUAUAAUUAAAUAUUAUCUAAGGAUGAUCACCUUACCCCACAAGUAGUCAAACAAUCUUCACAGUUCAACAAAUGAUCAGUGAUAACACUGCAAGUGUUUCAGUAUAAUAGGAAACAAGGAUGUGGAGCCAGGUGCAUUAUUUAAGUCUUUAAGAGGGUUUAAUUUUAGUACAUAUUUUGAAAUUGUAUUAUUUUUUACUACUUGAAAAAUAAAAUUUUAAAUGAGAAGGGUAGAUGACUGUUGCUUCAGAAGAGAAAGGGAAAGAAAGUAUUUGGUUCUUAAAAGAAGUGAAAACCUUGAGUUGGCAAGGACCCAGAACAGCUAUGUAGAUGGCAACAGACCCUCCCUCGCUUCGUUUAGAAGAAUUCAGAGUAAGGGGCUCUUCUGGUUCCCCAGGAACUUCUCAAGGAAUGAGAGACAACCCUUACUCCUAAAGUGCUCGUUGUAUUUCUCAAAUGACUGGAGCGUAAAAGAAGGCAGAGAAGUGUACAAGUGCAGCCAGCUCUGGUGCAGGCAAAGAAUCUGGGAGGGACAGUUGGGGGGUCGUCCUUACCACCCCUGCCUGCCUGUGGACUAGAGCCUACAAUCAUGCUCCUUUUUUUCCUUCUGAAUACCAAAGGCAAUUAAAGUCAGCUACAGAUGACGCCAGUGUCAUGUUUUAUUUUUGUUACGAAUUUUUUAAAUUAUUUCCUCUGAAGUUAAUCCUUAUGCCAUAUUCUGCUUAGUUUCCAAGAGUAUUCUUUAGUUUCUCCUGUCCUUGAUAGCGCUUUGCAUUUUGUAGACCUAUUUCUGAGGUUAAAUAACUCAUUACAUGUAUAGAAACUUCUGCAAAGAGCUAGACGUGCACCUUUCCAGGUGUCUCCUCAAAGAGUAGAUACCUUACUUUGUGCCUUUGGCACAAAUAUGCAAAGUAGAUAGAUCAGUUGGUACAUAAAAAAAGAAAAAAUAGAGAUGUUGGAAUACCCCUCUACCUUCUACAGUUGUUUCUUCUAAAGUUUUAGAAUCACACCUGUUGUUCAAACCAGUAUGAAGUUAAGGCCAAGAGAUUAUGGCCCUAACCAAAAAGGAGUCAGUGCAGAAAGUCAGUCCUCAGUGAAGGGCUCUUCCUUCCUGGUGGGUAUGUGCUGUUUUGUGUCUCUGACACCAGUUUAAUCCCAUCUCUGAGCAGAUGUUUAUGUAUAAUUGGGUAUUGAAAGAAUGUAUUCCUUUUGUGGAAUAUUGACCCUGAUUUUCUGUGAUUUCAGCUAGGGCAACCCAGGGCUCUGCUUGGUAGGUUUUAACCAAGCAGUUUGAAAUUUUGAUCAUCUCAUCUCUUUUCUCUAUUGCCAAAGUCUUGUCAAAACUACAAGUACGUUCAUAAAAGAUUGUGCUUGCCAUUCGCAUUAUGCAGUUUCUCCUUAAGCGUGGAUUUUUUGAAUGAAUGGGUGAGUGAGUGAGAGGAUGAGUGAGCAACAUGGAGUGCCCACUGCAUGCCAGCAUCGUGCCAGGCACUUCAGGCAUUAGAACAUUUUGUGAUUCCAGUGGCAUUUUCUGGAUAAGAGUAGUUCAUACCAUUUCAAAUGUUUUCCAGUGUGAAUCAUGUUUUGGAACUCUUAGUUUCAUAUUUCAUUGAAAUUAAAGAGUAAAAGAAAUUGUUUAUAUUUUAAGCAGUGUGUUACUAUAUAAUCUCAACAGCUAUAGUUGUAGUUUAUAACUAAAGUCUCUUGGAAAAUGUCAAGGAAAUACUUGAUUUCUGAUGCAACUUUGACUAAAAUAUUUGGAAAUAAAUGCAAACAUUCUUAUUUUGCUAUAUCACUUUAAUUACAUAAUAAAAAUUAAUGUUUUCUAGAAAUGCCAGUUAUUUUAUAUUUAAAAAUUCUAUCACAUAGUUCAUGGGUAAAACUUGCAUUUGUAUAUUGUUUUUGCUCUACUGUGUGUCCUACUAAUGCUUCCAUGCUGUUAAAUGUAAAGAAAACUAUACUAAAAUACUUCUAAGUUCCAAACAAUAGCUCCCAGUAAUAGUAUUGUGAGUUCUUAAUCUUUCUCUAGGUUUCCUGACCCUCAAAUUGGCUAGCUCAUAUCCACGCUUUACCAAGAUAAAUACAAUUAUGCACAGAGAUUUUUAAUACUGUUUGUUAAUUAACAAAUAGUUGUUAACUGGUUUUGGCUGCACAACUUCUAAGCAGAAUAUUUGAAUAACCAGAUAUGGUAUGGAGAUAUUUUAAUGCACUUAUUCCGUAAUUAUUCUGGUUCGAGAACAUUGGUGAUGAUUUUCUGUUAUUUUAGCUCAUUCAUGUCAUGAUGGAGAUGUUCUUUUUGACCUAUAAUGGCUCAGCAAGCUUUUCUGUAAGGGUCUAGGUAAAUAUGUUAGGCUUUGUGAGCCAUCCAGUUACUGUCUCUACUACUCAUUCUGCUAUUGAAACAUGAAAACAGAUACAGGCGGUAUGUAAAUGAGGGGGCGUGGCUGUGUUCCAGUGAAACUAUUUACAAAAAACAUGGAGGGCUGGAUUUUGCCCACAGGUCACAGUUAACCUUGAUCCCAAAGCUUCAUUUGUGUACAGCCCUGUAAUCUUUGAUCUGCACCUUUGAGUUACAUUCAUUUUUAAAGAAAGAAAAAAAAAGUGUAUAUGUACGCGUGUAUGUAUUUGUGUAACCUCAAAAGUUAUAUUUUUUGUUGUCUUGAAAAUAGAUAUACUCCUCUGGAGUCUGUUCAGAUUUCAGCAUGAUGCAACUAUCAUGAAAGAGGCACAUUUUUUGUUCUUGGGGUAUGCUGUCAGCCACCACGGUGUCCUUGCCUUGUCAUUUAAUGCCACGGUCCUGGAGUCCCCAUGUAAACCGGAGUGUUUCUGUGGUGUCCAAGUAGUAAUUUUCUCUAAGUUUUGCCUGCUCGUUGACCUUUGGACCAAGGCUCUGGGUUACUGGGGCUGCGAAAUUCCUCUUCUCGAGAACUAGAGCCCUCUGACAAGGAUGCGGUAGGAUUUCUGACCUUUGUGCUACAGAAACCAAUCUCUGGAAACAUUUUAAGCAACAGAAAAUGGGUUAUGUGCCAUUUGGCAGCCAGUCUUACUCUUUUAGACUGCAGAAGGGUACUGCCCCUGUUACCUCUAGAACUGCCACAUCCAAGGAGAGCAGAGAACAUUUAUCCAAAAGGACAGUUCCCCUCCCCCUCCCUUGCAUAACUCUCCUGAAGUCCUUCACUGGUCCAUAGCAUCAUUUCAGAAUGCAUCACAUUUAAAUUAAAGUAUCUCUCAGUCUCAGCCUCACACUUCCACUGUUUAACAAGUAACCCAUUUUUUAAACUUUCAGCUCAGCAGAACUCCUGAGAUGACUCAACACCUUAUCACCAGUAGAUGCAUUGCAAUGCACCAGUCAUCCUGAGGGAUCAUAGAUUUUUCACUAAGAAGUUUGUCAAAUAUUUCACGAUUUUUGGAAAUUCUAGAGGAGAGGAAGCCUGUAUUCAGAGUGACAGGGAGUACAUGUUACAAAUGAGCUGCCUUUCCAGGUCCAGCCUUCUAUGCAGAUGACUGCAGCUCUGUGAAAGUGAGGUUACAAACACCUAGACCCACUUUUGCACGUGUAAUAUGUAGAGGGUUUUAAUCGCAAAUGUCUUGCAGUCAUUCGAGUGCUACAGAAGCCUGCUGCAGAUUGCAUGCCUGAAAACUUGGAGAUACGCUCAUCUCUCUCUUGCGGAAAACGAUAUUUUGGAAAAUUUAGAAAUGAACUUUUAUUGGAUUAAUUAAAGUAUCCCAUUUUAAUUACUGGAUUUGGAAGUUGAAAUGCCAUUGCUCAACCUCACUGGUCUCAAAUUCACUGAUAAUACUUUUUCUUAAACUAUUAAAUCCGGGUGAGUGUAACCUCUUGAAUCAGUACCCAUUGGCUGCUCCCGAACUGAUUUCCAGUCAUGUCCUCCGUAUGUAAUUUUUAUAAAUUAAAGGUAAUAUUGUAUAUUAAAGGUCAAAUAAAGAUGUUCUUUAAGUGAAAA